AUGACGAGACGUACUACUAUUAAUCCCGAUUCGGUGGUUCUGAAUCCUCAAAAAUUUAUCCAGAAAGAAAGGGCGGAUUCGAAAAUCAAAGUUGACCAAGUUAACACAUUUUUAGAGUCAUCCCCGGAGAGGAGAACUCUGACGCACGCCUUAAUAGACCAAAUAGUGAAUGAUCCUAUAUUGAAAACUGAUACGGACUAUUACGAUGCUAAAAAAAUGCAAGAGAGAGAAAUUACUGCCAAAAAAAUAGCUAGGCUUGCUAGUUAUAUGGAGCACGAUAUCAAAACAGUGCGCAAACACUUUCGCGACACUGACCUGAUGAAAGAGUUGCAAGCAAAUGAUCCAGACAAAGCUUCGCCUUUAACAAACAAAGACCUUUUUAUAUUCGAUAAGAGAUUGUCACUUGUAGCAAAUAUUGAUCCUCAAUUGGGUACGCGCGUGGGUGUACACUUGGGGCUAUUUGGUAAUUGUAUCAAGGGCAAUGGUACUGAUGAGCAAAUCCGGUAUUGGUUGCAGGAGAGAGGUGCCACUUUGAUGAAAGGUAUAUAUGGCUGUUUUGCAAUGACUGAGUUAGGACAUGGUUCCAAUGUUGCCCAGCUGCAGACUAGGGCUGUGUACGAUAAGCAAAAUGAUACUUUUGUAAUUGAUACACCUGAUCUAACUGCCACCAAAUGGUGGAUUGGUGGGGCUGCCCAUUCUGCCACGCACGCUGCCGUGUACGCCAGAUUGAUCGUUGAAGGUAAAGACUACGGUGUAAAAACAUUCGUUGUUCCUCUGAGAGACCCUUCGACUUUCCAACUGUUAGCUGGUGUUUCCAUAGGGGAUAUUGGAGCGAAGAUGGGUCGUGACGGUAUUGAUAAUGGCUGGAUCCAGUUCAGAAACGUAGUUAUCCCUAGAGAAUUUAUGCUAAGUAGAUUUACCAAAGUUGUCCGUUCUCCAGAUGGUUCAGUCACCGUCAAAACUGAGCCACAAUUGGAUCAAAUUUCUGGUUAUAGUGCAUUGUUAAGUGGUAGAGUUAACAUGGUCAUGGAUUCAUUUAGGUUUGGCUCCAAAUUUGCUACUAUUGCUGUACGUUACGCGGUUGGUCGUCAGCAAUUCGCACCUAGAAAGGGAUUGUCUGAAACACAAUUAAUCGACUAUCCCCUUCACCAAUAUCGUGUUUUACCACAAUUGUGUGUUCCAUAUUUGGUGUCACCUGUAGCUUUUAAGUUAAUGGACAACUAUUAUUCCACUUUGGACGAGUUAUACAACGCUUCCUCAUCUGCAUACAAAGCUGCUCUGGUUACCGUGAGUAAAAAGUUGAAGAAUUUAUUUAUUGAUAGCGCCAGCUUGAAAGCCACCAAUACUUGGUUAAUUGCUACACUGAUUGAUGAGUUGAGACAGACUUGCGGAGGACAUGGGUAUUCACAGUAUAACGGAUUUGGUAAAGGCUAUGACGACUGGGUGGUUCAGUGCACAUGGGAGGGUGAUAAUAAUGUUUUAUCUUUAACUUCAGCAAAAUCAAUAUUGAAAAAAUUUAUCGAUUCAGCCACAAAGGGUAGAUUUGACAACACACUGGAUGUGGACUCAUUCUCUUACUUAAAACCUCAGUACAUAGGAUCUGUGGUUUCUGGAGAAAUAAAGAGUGGUUUAAAGGAGUUGGGUGAUUAUACUGAAAUUUGGUCUAUCACCUUAAUCAAAUUACUGGCACAUAUUGGUACUUUAGUUGAAAAAUCAAGAAGUAUUGAUAGCGUUUCUAAGCUUUUAGUCUUAGUAUCCAAAUUUCAUGCCUUGCGCUGCAUGUUGAAAACCUAUUACGACAAGUUAAACUCUCGUGAUUCACAUAUUUCCGAUGAAAUUACAAAGGAAUCUAUGUGGAAUGUUUAUAAGUUAUUUUCCUUGUAUUUUAUUGACAAGCAUUCCGGAGAAUUCCAACAAUUCAAGAUCUUCACUCCUGAUCAGAUCUCUAAAGUUGUGCAGCCACAACUAUUGGCUCUUUUGCCAAUUGUGAGGAAAGACUGUAUAGGUCUGACAGACUCCUUUGAAUUACCUGACGCGAUGUUAAAUUCUCCUAUAGGUUACUUUGAUGGCGAUAUCUAUCACAAUUACUUCAAUGAAGUUUGCCGCAAUAAUCCAGUGGAGGCAGAUGGGGCAGGGAAGCCUUCUUAUCAUGCGCUGUUGAGCAGCAUGCUCGGUAGAGGUUUCGAAUUUGACCAAAAGUUAGGUGGUGCAGCUAAUGCGGAAAUUUUAUCGAAAAUAAACAAGUGA